AGUGUCGUGGCGCAAAAGAGCUGCGCGGUGAUGCGUCACUUCCUCUUUCCCGGCGAGGCCUCUUCGAAGUCCGAUCAUGGUCCGCUACUCUCUGGACCCCGAGAACCCCACCAAGUCAUGCAAGUCGAGAGGCUCCAACCUGCGUGUCCACUUCAAGAACACGCGUGAGACCGCUCAGGCCAUCAAAGGUAUGCACAUCCGCAAGGCCAACAAGUACCUGCGCGACGUGGUUGUCAAGCACCAGUGCGUCCCGUUCAGACGCUACAACGGCGGCGUGGGCAGGUGCGCCCAGGCCAAACAGUUCGGCUGGACGCAAGGCCGAUGGCCCAAGAAGAGCGCCGAGUUCCUGCUGCACAUGCUCAAGAAUGCGGAGAGCAACGCUGAGCUCAAGGGUCUGGACGUGGACUCCCUUGUGAUCGAGCACAUCCAGGUGAACAAGGCGCCCAAGAUGCGGCGCCGCACGUACCGCGCCCACGGCCGCAUCAACCCGUACAUGAGCUCGCCGUGCCACAUCGAGAUGAUCCUCACCGAAAAGGAGCAGAUCGUCCCCAAGCCUGAGGAGGAGGUAGCGCAGAAGAAAAAGGUGUCACAGAAGAAGCUGAAGAAGCAAAAGUUGAUGUCACGCGAGUAACCUGGAAUAAAAAAUGUCAUCAAGUUCCAAAAGCAA